GAAUCCUACGGAAGCGACGCAGUAGCUCCGGUGCCUGGCCUGAUCUUUGCUUCCUGGGUGGGCUACGCUGGGGGGAUCGCGAUGGCUGCAGGCUGGGACCCGGCGGCUCUUUCGCUGCUGAUCCUGCAGCUGGCAAUGCGCACCUGCUUGGCAACAGACGCUCCGCGCCAACAGCGGUGGCCGGUGCCUUACAGGCGUUUUGAUUACCGCCCCAAAACAGAUCCUUACUGCCAGGCCCGCUACACUUUCUGCCCAACUGGUUCAUCCAUUCCAGUGAUGAGCGACGAAGAUGUCCUCGAGGUCUAUCGAUUGCAAGCUCCUGUCUGGGAAUUCAAAUACGGAGAUUUCCUGGGUCAUAUGAAAAUCAUGCACGACGCUGUCGGUUUCAAGAGCUCCUUAUCCGGAAAGAACUAUACGAUGGAGUGGUAUGAACUCUUCCAGCUAGGGAACUGUACCUUUCCACACCUACGACCGAAUGUAUCUGCCCCUUUCUGGUGUAACCAAGGGGCUGCCUGCUUUUACGAAGGAAUAGAUGAUGCCCACUGGAAGGAAAAUGGGACGUUGGUUCUGGUGACCACAAUCUCAGGAGCAGUGUUUAACCAAAUGGCAAAAUGGGUGAAGUAUGACAAUGACACUGGCAUUUACUAUGAGACGUGGAUAGUCAAAGACAGUCCAGCUGAGCAUGCCAGAGUGUGGUUCGAGUCCUACGAAUGCUCCAAGUUCGUACUCAGGACUUACCAAAAGCUAGCUGAACUGGGGGCCGUUUUCAAGAAGAUACAAACUAAUUAUACAACCAUUACUCUCUUCAGUGGAGAGCCCAUUUGCUUUGGGAAUGAAACAUCUAUAUUCGGAUCACAAGGAAACAAAACACUGGCUCUAGCCAUUAGAGACUUCUACUCUCCAUUCAAACCUUAUCAGUCAGUUAAAGAUUUCUUUAUAAACCUCUUGAGAAUAUUUGAUGAAGUGAUUCUGAAUCGUCAGUUUUACCUCUUUUAUAAUCUGGAAUAUUGGUUUUUACCCAUGAAAUAUCCUUACAUGAAAAUAGUCUAUGAAGAAAUCCCGUUACCGAAUUCAAAUGCCACGAAGUUUGGCAUAUAGUUUUCCCUUUUAUUAUUUUUAAAAAUCCUCUUUUACGAAGGAUAUCCCAAGGGAUGGCUCAGAACUUUUCCAGGGUGAAGACGACUGCAAGUAGUGGUAGAUAGCUGGAUUUCUACCAGUACUGAAAAUAUCCUCUGCUGAGAUGUAGACAUCUAAUUCAAGCUCACACGGAGUAUGAAAAUGAGAUUUUUGAUGAAGGGCAGUAUAUAAAGAGUAGAAUCUCGAUGUACUAUGCCAAAACAGUGCCAUGUUGUACUUCAGCCUACCUCAACCUGGUACCGUCCAGAUGUGUUGGUUUGCAACCCUUGUCAUCCCCAGCCAGCAUUGCAAUGUGAAUUGGGUAUAAUGAGAGUUGUAGUCCAACAAGAAACGUGCACAGGAUAAGUGAAAUGUCUACAUUGGCUCUUAAGACUGUGGACCAUUGUACUGGCCUUUGAAUAGGUAGUUCAGGGGAUAGAAUGGGAACACUGCAGCUUCUAUAGCACUGCUCAGCACGCAGGACAAUGCUAUGGAAGCUGAACAUAUGUCUUAUCCCUGCUGCCAACCCAGGGGCAAUUAUGUAAACAGUGGGGAUGUGCCACAUCAUUUCCAGAUAAUUGCUACUCACCACGUGUGCUAAAUUACAAGGCUUCAGGAGGCCUGAAUUUUAAAGGUGUUUUUCCUGAUGACUGCCAAUUGAACUAUGCUGUCUCUUGAAUGGUUUUCAAAUUAGAAUCUGUGAAUAAGCCUCUAAAGUGUUAGCUUUUAUGUUGUAAAACUGCUAAUAAAAGUGAAAUUAUAUAUUUGUUAAUAAAAGCAGAAAUCUCA